GUUUCUACUGAAGCGAUGCAGAGUAAAUCAAUCAAUGCCCAAGGCAGGCGAAUGGUAGCGUCUAGCGUGUUGUUGAGUAAGAGAGCGGCACAGCAUGUGGAGAUGGGCAGGAGGACGGCCGUGCAGGAUCUUACAGUGCUCCUAGGGAUAGUUCUAACAGUGACAGCAGCAUCGGCCGCAUGCGCAGUGAAAUGUGAGAAAGCGGCAUACUGGACCGAAUGUGGAGAGUUUGAGGAGAAUAUCAACAUGUCAAAGGACCAGCUCCAUGUCACCGAAGCUUGCGGAAAUGCCAGCACAUUUUACAAGUGUGUGCGGGACGUAGCUCCCAUGUGCCUGGAGGAAGCGAUCAACACACAUGUCCAUCUUAUGGCGGCUCCCUGGAGCUGCUUCAUUCCCCAAACUGAAUAUCUCGAAUACCAGCGGAUAGCGCAGAGGGCUUGCGACCCGAAGGGGCAGCACGCUCAGGUCAAUGGGAAACCAACGGUCUACAGUGAAGAUGGUGAAACUAAGAACAGGAGUGUAUCUCUCCAGCAUAAUGGUACACGGAAUAGCAGUGAACGCACGCACACCAGAUGUGGAAGUGUGGUCGCUCUCGUUUUGAUAAUAACUACUUUCAUGGUUUUACAACACUGUUGAGCGAUUCUGGACGAACUUAAGACUUGUAUUACAGCAAUAACAUCACACUUGCUCCGAUAAAAUACAAUGAUGCUCAAGAAGGACUUAUUUAUCACUAGUCACUUUAUAUCGUUGUGAAGUCUGCAUAUUAAAGGGACACUACAUGUGCAAAUCAUGCAAUAAACAAAUGAAUAUUAA